AUGGCAGGCAGCUCCAGCAAGGGCAACCGCACACAAUCGCUCCCGCCUCCGGCCCUCCCUCAGCUGGUCGCUGAGCAGCACACUGCCAUCCCCCCGACCGACAAGGACUCUCAGCGCCUCAUCGUUGUUUUGUCAAAUGCCAGUCUCGAGACCUACAAGGCUUCUCAUGGCGGCACCGGCCGCAAUGGGGUUCAGCGAGAGGAGAAGUACUCCCUACUCAACAGUGACGAGCACAUCGGAGUCAUGCGCAAGAUGAACCGCGACAUUAGUGAUGCGCGCCCGGAUAUUACUCACCAGUGCCUCCUUACCUUGCUCGACUCUCCCAUCAAUAAGGCUGGCAAGCUCCAAAUCUAUAUCCACACCGCUAAGGGUGUCCUGAUCGAGGUCUCGCCCUCGGUUCGUAUCCCACGUACAUUCAAGCGUUUCGCAGGCCUGAUGGUCCAGCUGUUGCACCGCUUGUCCAUCCGCUCGACCAACUCUCAAGAGAAGCUUCUGCGUGUCAUUCAGAACCCCAUCACAGACCACUUGCCGCCCAACUGCCGCAAGGUCACCCUCAGUUUCGAGGCGCCUCUGGUCCAUGUGCGAGAUUACAUCGACACGCUCGGCCCCAAGGAAAGCGUCUGCGUUUUCGUCGGUGCAAUGGCCAAGGGUGCGGACACCUUUGCCGACGGUCUGGUGGACGAGAAGAUUUCCAUCAGCAACUACAGCUUGUCUGCUAGUGUUGCUUGCAGCAAAUUCUGUCAUGCUGCCGAGGACUCCUGGGAUAUCCAGUAG